CUGUAAACAUAUAUACAUGUACAAUCCUGAUGUCAGUGCUUUUGAAAUCUUUCAGUGCAUGGUGAUGUUUGUAUUUGUGUAUCUCGAGAACGGAAUGGUGUUAUUCACCCAUAUCUGGAGAAUUAGUAUUUUGCAACGAGCUUUACCUACUUAUUUGGAACAAAAAUGCAUCCUUGUAGACCUCUAAAUCGUCUUCGAAUUUUCGUGAACAUAUUUAGGCGAACAAUCACACCUGUUCGUUGAAUGAGCAAGAAUCUGACAGUUGUGAAGAGCUAAGUGUGAACACACUCUUGGGCUCCGGCUGUUGCUGUUGCGCGCCAUCAAACGGUCAUCACCAUGACAAUCUUCCUAGCAAUGUAUGUCUGCACCGUGAACUUUGGAUAUAUGACCUCGCAGUUUACCUACAAACAGUGACAUUCGUGUGACACAGAAUGAUAUGAGUGGACUGGAAUGCAAGGAAUUACAUCAACUUUACCUUGACCCUCGUCCAUGACCUGGCGCAAGCUGCAAGGUGUUGUGUCAGUGACGUCAGUCUGACCUCUUACCUGACACCACCACCGGUUGUUGGGUCACGGUGACCUCGCACACAUCAAGCAUGCCAGAGGUCGUGCAUUCCAGGAUGCCUCGCGAUCUCAAGCCCUUGUCUCACCUUCUGGUCGGAACGGACCGGAGAAAUAUAAGACCUCGACCUGGCAAAGGUCGGCGGCAGGUCACUGGGUCACAGGUCACUCCUGACAGUGGGAUGAGAAGAAUUCACAAACUGAUGAAGCUUGCAGAAGAUGGUCGAAGGAGAAGCACAGUGCUGCCUCCCCUCGAGUCCGAGCCCAGCUUCAGUCGGUCGCCGCGCAAGGGUUACACGGGCAACUCCUUCACGGAGGAGAAUGAAGGCGGAAAAAAGCUCAGGCGGGUGAGCAUGGAGUUAGACCGGAAAAUCAUCAGCCACUUGCGGCGGGACCUCGCCAAACGAAUAGAGAAGCGGUUACAUCUUCUUUACGAUCCUAACUUUGUCGAAGGGGAGGAAUUGGAUGAUGAGAGCAGCCAACAGCCAGAAGCCCCGAGCAGACAACUGUCGCGACACGAAAGAAAGCCGAGCAUUUUCUUCAAAUACUCCGAGAUCGGAGAAAAGGUGGCCGACGACCGCAAGCCUAGGAAGUCCAUGUCGAAGUCCCGGAAGCCGAGCUACUCCAGAUCUCGCCCUUCUGUCACCGGUGAUUCAUUGGUCAACGGACUCUCCAAAGAGCCAGCCUCGUCACAGAACGGACUGCAUGGCAGCCAGCAAGAAAAGUCGUUUGGAAAAGGAAUUCCUUUGCCUCGGAUUGGUAAAACAAGCGCUGCUGGCCAAGAAGUCCAUCCCAGGCGCUCUUCUGUGAAGGGAAAGCGAAAAGUGUCUGUAUUUGAACCGACAGAUUCUGGGGAAGACAUUCAGCACGAUUCAGCCAAAGGCGAAGAAACGCCGAUGGCAGGGAACAGUGGACAGAAUACAUUGGGUGUCGAUGGCGACCUAGAACAGGACCUUAAGGAAGAGCAAGGACCACCUGCGCAGGUGCAGCCUGUGGAAGAGGAGGAGGAGGUAGAGGAGAUGGAGGUGACAUUUAGGUCCAUCAACAUCUCCCCUGUACCUACACCCGUUGUGCACCGACCGGAGACCCGCGAGAUGACGCGGCUGAGUCUUAGAGACUAUGUCACGCAGGUGCUGGGAGGUCAUGUUCAUCGCAGGUGCCCACCUGACAACAGGGUCAUCAGGCUAUAUGUCUUGUCUGGCUUUACAGACACUGUGGUUGAGAGGACUGUGCUGAUGGAGGAGGUGUACCCCAGACUACGUGAGUUUUGUCAGCUUAAGGGGCGGGAACUGGAAGUGUGCGACCUCCACUGGGGACUGAGAGACCACGUGUCCGACGAUCACCGGGUGCCAGAAAUCAUUUGCAAGACUCUGGCCCGGUGCCAGGAGUGCAAUGUGGGAGUAAACCUCUUGAUUUUGCUGGGACAAAAGUAUGGCGACUACAUUCUGCCACCGGAGAUUCCAGCGGAAGAGUUUGAGAACUUCAUUUUGGCAGGGAGGAUGUACAGCGAGAAACAAAUGCGCUUCAUCCGCCAGAAGCAUCGCCGACAUUACGAGGACAAAGGCAUCGGACGUCACACCGGAGAUGUCGCUCCAGAAAGGUCCUACCGCCGGCGAAACAGCGCCACCAGGCGAGAGCAGGCCGCCAUCCGGUCUCUAAAGGAGAGCGAAGAAGAUAUCCCGGAUGUAAACUAUUUGGAAACGUGGUAUAACCUGGACGAGAACUGUAACCCACCCGUCUUCCGGCUACAAAACAUCAGCACGGAAUUUAAAGACAUUCUCAGAAAUGAUGCAAACAAGCGACACCUGGCCAAGGUGGCCUGGCAGGCUACAGCUUCCCGAAUACUCAAAGUCUUGCACACGUUCGCCUCGGAAGUGACGAGGUCGCCAGCGGAGCGGAAGAAAUACUUCUCGUCCCUUCUAGAGAUGGAGCUGGAGCAGGCGCUGGAGUCGGAGCAGGACAAGUCUCAUGCCAUCUGCGCGCUCAGGACCUUUCGGGAGGUCACCGGGCGCGCCGGAGACCCUGCGGCGGAGGACUACUUUGAUGUGAUUGUGGGCAAGACUCGAACCAUGAACCCUGCUGCUGCCAAACGCUUGCAGCUCCUGCGGGAGGAGCUAGUGGCUCAGCGGCUCCCCCACUCCCAGGUUAGCGAAUUUCCAGUGGAGUGGGAUCCUCAGGGCAUGCGGACCAACGGACUGCGUGAUCACGUGGUCUACUUGGAACGCCUGUGCAAGCAGAUUCUGGAGACUGUGAAGCGGCGACUGUCGGAAUCUUUGGAAACCAGCGACGACAAAUCUUGGACAUCGCAGCUCUACCGUGAAGUCGCCCACCACGUGCGGUUUUGUCACGAGAGGGUGAAAAAGUUCCACGGUAGGAAAGACAUUCUCACAAUCAUCAAAUCUUACAUUCGUUCCAACACUCGUUUGCCCUUGGUGCUGUACGGGAAAACCGGAAGUGGAAAAUCCGCCAUCAUCGCCAAAGCAGCCAAAGAGAUCAACAAGUGGUGUAGAGGAAGUGACCGAGACAUCCGGGUGGUCGUUCGAUUCAUCGGAGUGACGCAGGAAUCUCGCAGUGUUCGCACUCUUUUGCGCAGCCUCUGCCUUCAGAUGUGUCACAUGUUCGCAAAACAACCAAUCAGAAGUGCCCACAGUAAGCAAGCGGCGAUCUCGCGUGACUACAAGGGACUAGUCAACGACUUCGGACACAGGAUGAAGCAGGCCACGGAAGACGAGCCUCUGGUUCUCCUGCUGGACGGAGUUGACUCCCUUACAGAUGACCACGACGGGCGCAAGAUGGCGUGGAUACCCCGAGAGCUUCCGGAGCACGUGCAUCUGGUGAUCUCCACAUCCCCGGAUGAGAAACUUGAUUGCCUGCCGGCACUCCGAAAAAUGUUGGUCGGGAAGGAAGACUGCCUGCUGGAGGUGUCUGAGUUGCCUGACAACGACGCAGCGGCUAUCGUCACUCACUGGCUCAACUCCGGCGGCCGAUGUUUGACCUCAGAACAGUUUGACAUCCUGAUGGCGGCGUUCGCCAAAUGCCCAGUCCCACUCUUCUUGAAGAUUGCCUACAACGAGACACUCCUGUGGAGAUCCUACACCCCACUUGCCACGUGCAAACUGGCCGACGGGAUCAAAAAGUUGGCUGUGCUGAGGUUCGGGAGGCUUGAACGAGACCACGGGGAGCCGCUCGUGCGCCGCGCCCUGGGUUACGUCACUGCUGCCCGCCAUGGCAUCACGAGCAGGGAGCUGGAAGACCUCUUGUCUCUGGAUGACGUCGUCAUGGAUGACGUCAGCGCCACCUACCGGCCUCCGAGACGUCGCCUGCCGCCGUUGCUGCUGGUGCGGUUGCUGGAGGACGCCGCCGACCUGCUGCUGGAGUUCGCCGCUGACAACGUCACGACCCUGCGUUGGGCGCAUGCGCAGUUUCAGGAGGCGGCCAAAGAGCGCUACCUGGACCAGCGGGACAAGGCGCCCUCCUACCACAAGGCGCUGGCCGAGUACUUCAUGGGCACGUGGGCCGGAAAACCCAAACCCUUCACGGGCAACGAGAAAGGUGCCGACCGGCUGGUGGCAGCACAGGAGCUGUACAUGGAGCCAGAAGACUCCCUGGGGGAUGGCUCUGACCGAGUGUACAACCUCCGCAAGAUCAACGAGAUGCCCUUCCACCUGCUGCACGCGCAGCUCCUGACGGAGCUCAAGUCUGUUGCUUUGCUCAGCUUUGAGUGGAUUCUGGCCAAGUUGUGUGGAACAACCUUGCGGGGGCUGCUGGAGGAGUACAGUGUCGCCAUUCAGGCCUGUCCUGAGGACCAAGAGCUGAAGAUACUGUCCGACACGCUGCAUCUGUCCGGCACAGCGCUGCAGAAGGACCCGCGGCAGCUAGCGGCUCAACUUGUCGGAAGACUUGAUGGAGUGAUUGCCCGCGAUACACCAAAAACUGCUGGCGAUCCUCGAAAGCUGCCCAACAUUUUGAAACUGGUGGAGGCCGCAAAAUCAUCGUCACUUCCGGCGCUGAUUCCAUCUGUGGAAUGUCUGACGCCACCUGGGGGCAUCCUGUUUGACCUUCUGUCGGGUCACACCGACCAGAUCACGGCUGUAACCCUGACGUCGGACGGCAUGCGCGCGGUGACGUCAUCGUUGGACAACACCAUCAAACUGUGGGACCUGCGCACGGGCCGCGUUGUGAGGACGCUAGACGGUGUGGGGGCCAACGUGACGGCGCUGCGCACGGCCAAGAGCAACUCCCUCGUCGUCACGGUAGAGGGCGCCGUCAUCCGGCUGUGGAGCGUGCGCACGGGCGCCUGCGUGCUGGUCGUGGACGAUCGGCCUGACCCAGCGGUCGUGUGCAUGGCUAAUGAGGGUCAAACACUGGCCGCCAUCUAUGAAGGCACCAACACCUUUCGGUCGUGGGAGAUGGAGGGCUUCAAGAAGCUGUGUGAGGUGGAUUCGCCCAACGAGAGAGGGGUGCACAAAGACCGCUCCAUUCUCAUCGCUGAUGCAGUCUACAACGACCUGGUGCUGCACGCCUUCCGUAGUGCCAACACGGCAACUGUUCAACAUGCACGCAGUGGUCGAGUUGUUCGCACGCUGACAUGUUUCGAAAAAGGAUCCUCCAUCACGGCCGUGGCUGUAUCGCGGGAGUACCACGUGAUCUGCUGUCGUCAGCAGUACAUGCAGCUGCACGAGGUCCACGUGCUUGAGCUCUUCGACCAGCGCAAGGGCGCCUACCUGCGGUCUGUGCGCGGAUGUGUACACGACCGGGUCACAGACUUGCAAAUAAACUUGGUCGGCAGCCAUGCGCUGGCCGUCUGCGCUUGGGAGAGCCAGCAAAUGUCCGACAUCGCCCUAUGGAACCUCGAGACGGAGGACCACAAGCAUCUGGCCAGACACCCCCUGGUGGCCAGCGCCGUGGCCUGCCUCGAUUUCAGGUUCUGUCUGACGGCAGCCAAGGGAGAGAACUCACUCAGGAUCUGGAACCUAGCCGGAAAGGUCAACCAACCUGCCCCUCGGCUGAAAAAACAACUGGGUGUGGCAGAUGUGAUGCCGAUGCUCGACAACCCUCGCUACGUGGUUGCCAAGGCCGUCAACCACGGACCAAUCAGCAUCUGGAACGUGGCGAAGGGCAAGUGUCUGCAGGCGGCAGUGCGGGUGGAGCGAGGGCUGACGGAAGCGUCUGACGCCGUUGUGGUGCGCAACACUCGUCUAGUCAUCCUGACCGAGCGCGGCUUCUCCAGCGCCACGGAGGACCCCCGGCCGGUAUUUCAGACGGUGCUAGUGUAUGACUUGAAGGCCAAGCGAUACGAGCGCCGGCUGAAGGACUGCUACAUUGUACCCUCCCUUUCUCACGAGUACGUCCUGCUGGACGGUGAACGUCUGCUGGGGCCGUCAGAAAACCGCUCGCACUUUAUAAUCUGGAGCCUGACGACCGGUCAAGUCGUCCAACGCAUAAAAACUAACUUCAAAGAGAUGGAGAGGAGGAAAAUGGAAGUGUCUGCAAUGGGAGCUGGACUGUUGGACUCUUCACGCACCGCUGCAACUAAACCCUCUCGCUCGUCUAAACAUGGCGCCGCCGGAAGUCACAUCAUGACCCCGUGGGACAGGCGUGCCGAGACUCAGUCGGCAAAGAAGCGUCGCCACGAGGGCGAGGCGGAGGUGGAACGACAGAGAGUGGAGGAGCUCGUGAAAGAAAAAGAAAACGGCAUCGAACAGUUUAUUAUCAGUGGCGACCAAAAAAAGCUCGUGGCCUCGUUCUACGCGCACCAUCUCUGCGUGUUUGACAUCGAAAGCCAGAAGCAUACUCAGACCCUCGAAAACGAUAACUCCUUGCUGCUGCUCCACGUGGCCGCACUCACCUGGGAUGGCUCGCAUCUGGUGCAUGCAAAUUACGAUGAAAAUGACAAGGUGAGCUACGUGACUUUAUGGGAUUGCGAAACCGGCGAAGUGAAAAAAAGACUGAAGAGAGAAACUGAUGUGUUGGCGCUGGGUAUCACCAAUGAUGCAUCGCGCAUCGUUAUUGGCAAGGCGCCCAAUCAGCUCCACAUCUGGGAUCCUAUGCGCCCAAACUCUCUGCGCAGGGCACGUGGUUACGACGGCCUUCAGUUCGGCGUGGGCUCCAAGAUCUUCCUGCAAGAGGACACCUCACGAGCCGUGGUCUUUGCCGGGGACAUUUCUGUCUGGGACCUAGACAAGGGCACAGCACUCGCCGUGUUCACGCCGGACACCCGCGUGCUGUGCUGCCAGGCGCUGUUCUCGGGACAGCUUGUUGUCUUCGGAUUGUACGAGCGCCAAGAGCUGGUGGUCCUCAGGCUGUCCGGCAAAUCAGUCCCGCGCCUCGACGAGACGGGUGGCAUGGAACUGUUCGGAGAAACAACCGGCGACACGACAGACGAAGAGGCAGACGAGGAGGGGGAAUAACUCGAGUAUGGCCGACUUGACGUCCAUGGUUCGAUGUACUGUCUGCAAACAUUUCGCUUACAGCUUUGAAGAUCUGCGAACCAGGAUCCCUGCACGGUAAUAAGGUUGUAAAAUGGGGUGGAAAGAAUUGUUAAAAGGGAAAAGAUAAAUAUAGUUAUAUAGAAUCAUGACGUUAAAAAUGAAAUUAUGUUGUCUGGUUAAAAUGAGCAAGCCGGAUGAGGCAACUUUGAGGGCUGUAGGUUGGGCACCCCUGCCUUAAACUGUCUAACAUGCCCUGUUACUUGUGUUUACACGAGUUGUUUAUGGCCUAUAUGUCCUGCAGAGAAAGGAUGGCUAGAAAGAGUGAAAAAAAUAUUUAUUCUUCCCCUUUUGACAUUGACCAAUUGUACCAAAACAGUAUUUGAAACUAGCAACUCUGGCCAGUGCAUAUCUUAAUGCAGAUUAUUCUACAAUAGGUGUACCAUAAAUUUUACAGUUCAGAUGAUUUAGUAAUGAAAUGGUUUAAUUCCUGUGAAGGAUGCUGCCCUCACUAAAUAACAAGCAAUUAUUUUAGUUGUAUGGGUUUGUUUUGAAUAAAUAUCUGUUGAGCAAUAAGACAAUGGAGAACCACUCUUCAGCUUGCCAAUAUUCAAAAUGCCAUAUCUAAUGCUGAACAGCAGUAUUAAAAGUGAUCAUAUAUAUAAUAAUCUGUGAUGAAACAUUUUGUGAACUUUGAACAUUUCUUCCUUAAGGUAUGUGCUGGCAAAAUGUGGGACUCUUCUAGAAUUUGUUUUAAAAUAGUUAUCCAUCUGUGAUACAUAAUCUGACCUGAUAUUUUAGUGUUUGCUCAAUUUACUUUGUGUGGAAUAUUUCUAUGAUAUACUCAUAUUUAAUAAAACAUUUGAAAUUUGUC